UCUCCAACUUAAACCACCACAAUUUUAGGUCCUGUAGCAAAAUUUCUCAAACCAACUCUCUCUCUCUCUCUCUCUCUCUCUCUCUCUCUCUCUCUCAUGACAAUCUUCCAUUGCUGGCCCUGAACCUCCAGGAAAUGGGGGACCCAAAACCCACCUCCUCCUCCUUCUCCGCCACCGCGUCGUCCAAACCUCCGCCGCCGCCGCCGCCUUCCCAACAAACCUCCCUCGUCCAACCCUCCAACAAGAAAAAGCACAAACCCGUCAAGGCAUUCCACGUCUUCCGAUCCGUCUUCCGCUCCUUCCCCAUCAUCUCCCCCAUGUGCAAGUUCCCCUCCUUGCCCGGCGGCGUCCUGCCCGACACCCACCACCGGACCUCCUCCACGGCCGGAAAACGCGUCACCGGCACCCUCUUCGGGUACCGAAAGGGAAGGGUCAACCUGUCCGUCCAGGAAAACCCGCGGACGCUGCCGACGCUGGUGGUAGAGCUGGCGAUGCAGACCAACGCUCUGCAACGGGAAAUGAGCGUGGGGAUGGUCCGGAUCGCGCUCGAGUGCGAGAAGCGGCCGGAACGGGACAGGACAGAGUUGCUGCAGGAGCCCCUGUGGAACAUGUACUGCAACGGGAAGAAGUCCGGGUACGGGGUGAAGAGGGAGGCCACGGAGGAGGACUUGCAGAUAAUGGAAUUGCUGAGGGCAGUUUCGAUGGGGGCCGGGGUUUUGCCCGGGAAAUCCGACGUGGAAGGGCCGGACGGCGAGCUGGCGUACAUGAGGGCCCACUUCGAGCGCGUGGUGGGGUCCAGGGAUUCGGAGACCUUGUAUCUGUUGAGCCCUGAUGGGAAUAAUGGACCCGAAUUGAGCAUUUUCCUUGUGAGGGUUUGAUUUUAUUAUUUUCCAAUUAAGGUAAUUUGUUUUGGUUUAAUUAUUGAAUUUUUAUUAGUGUUUGUAGGUAUAUUUUAAAUUAUAUGGAUUUUAUAGGUGAGGCAUGCAAGAGAGAAAGAGAGGGAGAAUAGUGUUUCGAUAAUUGUUGUUUGUUCCUUCAAAUGCAUUCAGACUUGUUUGUCGCUGGUUUACG